AGAAAGUCCCGUCCAGCAUGCUAGAGGCACUGCGCCGCCGACCGGACGCAAAACUCUAUUCACUGUCUCACCCUGACCAAACCUCUCAGUCGCCCCUCGGUUCCUUUUCCUUUUUCUACGGCACCGGAAGUACAAGUCCCUCAAAAGGCCAUCCAGGAGCGCCAACCCCCCGUCCAGAUACAGGAGAACUUUUCGGGCCUCCUGCAAAUACUAAUUGAGGUACCUAAGGUAGGUAUGAAGACUUGGCUCUGGCGAUAGCCGUCGGUGGAUUACCUUCGAGGACGUGCCGUUGCAGAGUGCAGCCUCACCUUCAACGCCACCCGCACCUACGGAAUUGCGUCGAACCCCCUUUACCCCCCUGUCACCCCUUACCCGGGUUCUCGCGCGUUUGCGGGCCGGAACAGGUUUUCUGAUGGUGGU